AUUCUCACUGCGCAUGUGCGGUUCAGGGAGCGCGCAGCGCGGGAUCGCCGGCGCGCUGUGUCCCUCGGACACAGCGGAUCACGGAAAGUGCCGAAGAUGUCGGCUCUGUCAUGUGAUCAGCUGUGUCCAAUCACAGCUGAUCACAUGGGACAUGUACACUGAUCAUCAGGGCACUGAUGAUCAGUGUGCCCUGAUGAUCAGUGUGGCCCCAGAAGUGCCACCUGUCAGUGUCCAUCGGUGCCACCUGCCAGUGCCCAUUACUGCCACAUCAAUGCCACAUAUCAGUGCAUACCAGUGCACAUCAAUGCCACAUAUCAGUGCCCAUCUGAGCUGCCUUUCAAUGUCACCCAUCAGUGCCAGUCAGUGCCACCUAUCAAUGCUGCCAAUCAGUGCCACCUAUCAAGGCCAGUCAGUGUUGCCUAUCAGUGCCAGUCAG